AUGAGGCUUCUCCAAACAGCAGUCGUCGCCCUGGCGUCGGCUGCCAACGCAGCAGCCACCGUCAAACUCCAACCUGACCCCCUCAUCAACCUCUCCUCCACGUCCCCCCAAGUGACGACACAAGGGGCAGGCCGACCUGACACCCAGCUCUUUGCUGACCUCUGCGCCUCUAUAAACGUCAUGCAAAACCAUUACUUCGAAAACUGGAUUGGCACCUGGCCCGACGCCAUCGACUGGACUAGAGCCGUGAUGGGCACCCACAUCGCGGGAGCUCUGCGGACCAUAACCGAGGACUUUGAGCUGGCCAGAUCCCAGCCUAAUAUCGUCAUCCCCCCCCUGGCCAACUUUAUCGGCCGGUAUUUUGGCGAGCUGAUUGCCUUUUAUUUUGGGCAGGACGUCUUCUCCCUGCGCGGGGAGGCGUUCGACGACAUGCUCUGGGUUGUGCUGGGCUGGUUGGAAACGAUACAGUUCAUUGACGAGCUGGGAGACGGGAGGUGGCAUGGGGAGAGAUGGACGCCGGCGUUUGCCCACAGGGCGAGGAUAUUCUGGGAGCUUUCGAGCAAAGGGUGGGAUCAGAAGCUGUGCGGGGGAGGGAUGCUGUGGAAUCCGAGGUUGAGUCCGUACAAGAAUGCCAUCACCAACGAGCUUUGGAUUGCGGCGAGUAUUGGAAUGUAUCUCCAUUUUCCGGGGGAUGAGAAUACAAGUCCGUGGGAGGAGAUGAUGGUGAGACCUGGGCUUGAUAAGAGGGACUUGGGCAAGAGAGACUGGCCUCCGCAUGAUCCCAUGUUUUUCAGGACAGCGCAGCUGGGGUAUGAGUGGUUGGAGUCGUCUGGGAUGAUUAACCACCAGGGCUUGUAUGCGGAUGGUUUCCACAUUUCGGGGUACAGCGAGGGGAGCAACAAUACCGAGUGUGACGAGAGGGACGAGAUGGUGUAUACGUACAACCAGGGUGUGAUUUUGUCGGGUCAGUUGGGGUUGUUUGUUGCUACUGGCAGUGAGGAGUACCUCAAUUCUGGACACAAGGUCAUCAAGGACGUGAUUCGGGCUACAGGUUGGGAUCUAGAGAGGGCCAGACCUGUGGCUAAUCUGGAUGAUUAUCACGCCAACUUGCUUCCAAGCUGGAAGGGUCUUGGUCGAGCGGGUGUGCUGGAGGAAGCCUGUGAUGUUUUUGGAACUUGCUCGCAAGACGCCCAGACUUUCAAGGGUAUCUGGAUGCAUCACUUUACCACAUUUUGCUCGCCAAAUUCUCUCGACAAGAUCAUGCCUAGUGCUGGGUCUAGGAUGAGUCAACAGGGCCUUGCACGGAUCAGGACGAAGCACUUUGCCGAGUGCAAGAAGUAUGUGCCCUGGUUGAGACAUAAUGCUGUUGCUGCUCUAGGCACACGAGACGAGCAUGGGAAAUUCGGGAUGUGGUGGACGAUUGGGCUAUUUCCAUGGGAGCAGGGGCUGAAGAUGAGCUGGGAUGAUUUUGAGAAACUUCACGUCCUACCGCCGGACCACGGGGAGGAUGAUUAUCGGAAUCGUGGGGUACCCCACAAUGAGGUUUGGAUGAUGACGAACCCCAAUAUCACGUUGCCGGUUGAGGCUGAGAAGGAGGGGCUACCUGCUGUUGCUGGUGUGUCAAUGGAGAGGCAAAAGGCGGUUUAUAUGCAGAUGGGCAAGGAGGACAUGAAGAAGAGAGAGCACCGGACGUCAGGUCCGUCGAAGGAGCUGUGGAACAAUGAUCCGAAUACCCGUGGACGGGGGAGGACGGUCGAGACGCAGGGCGGUGCGGUGGCGCUGUUGAGGGCGUUGUGGGUUGUUUCUAAGCAUACAUAUUAG